UUCAACGCAGAUAGAAGCCACUUCCAAGCCAUUCUUAUAAUUCUCAACAACAGAUUCAUCAACCAAUCAGGGACGAUCUGAUAACACAAAGCUCAAGAACAAUGGCUCGGUUCCUUAACACGCUGAUUCUUGUAGCAAUUGCAGUUUCUGCAACAAUUCCAAAAGCCACAGAAGCUGCAGAACACACAGUAGGUGACAGCACUGGUUGGACAAGUGCUCCCACCGGUGGCGCUUCAUUCUACUCCGAUUGGGCUUCCUCCAUCACAUUCAGAGAGGGCGACAUCCUAGUGUUCAGAUUCAGCUCAGGCCACACCGUGGCAGAGCUUAACGACAAGGCAAGCUUUGACAGUUGCAGCGUGGAUCAAAAUCAGGAAGUGUUGAGCACAUCACCUGCUAGAAUCACUCUCAAUCGUACUGGGGAGUUCUAUUUUGCAUGCACCAUCCAAGGCCAUUGCAGCAGUGGCCAAAAACUCAGCGUCAACGUCAUUGCCUCUUCAUCUUCACCCUCAUCACCACCUGCUUCUGGAACCACUCCAACCCCACCUUCCGCCGGAGCAGCACCAUCACCUGAAUCAACCCCCACCGAGCCAGGCUCAACUCCACCACCACCACCAUCACCGGGCUCCGCCACCUCCAUAGUCGCAACCUUCUCUCUUCUUCUCACAACCCUUUUAGUCAACUCAUUGUUCUUCUAGACUUUUCUUCUUCUUCUUCUGCAUUAUUUGUGUUAUAGUCCAUUUUAUUAUGCGGGGUGGUUUCAAUUUCUGUGUUUGAUUUUACACACUUCAGUGACGGAUAUACGUGUAGGGUGAUUUCAUUAUUCGUCGUGAUUGUAUUUUUGUAGAGUGAUGAAAUAAAUUUGAUCCAUAGUUCUAUGGGAUUGUGAAUU